AUGCUUUGGCUUUGCACCUGGUUCAUUCUCCUCCUGACCUCCCAGUCUCUGGCUCGCGGUCUGGGAGACACCAGCUCCCUUGCCUCGCGCCGCACAGCACCGUAUGCGGUCCAGCAGCCCCCAUUGACCACGGACUGGACUGAACAAGUCGGCACGAAUCCCUGGCCGGAGUAUCCUCGCCCCCAGCGACAGCGGUCCGAGUGGAAGAAUCUCAACGGGAUCUGGCAAUAUCAGGCUGCGGCGAGCCUGGAUGCUGUCAAGAGUCCCCCCUUCGGUCAAAACCUCACGGCAGAAGUGCUUAUACCUUCUUGUCUCGAGAGCGGAUUGUCUGGGAUCCAGGCGACCUCGGCGGUUUACUCCUGGUUUCGCACCACCUUCACAAUUCCCAACGCCUGGAGGGCACAGAACGUGCUGCUGAACUUCGGUGCAGUGGAUUAUGAAGCCACGGUCUUUGUCAACGGACAGCAAGCGGGCUUUCACCGCGGUGGAUACUUUGCAUUCACCGUGGACAUCACCUCGUUUAUCAACGCGACAACGAACAACGAGCUCCUGGUGUACGUCCACGAUCCCACCGACAGGGGCAACUAUGUGAUUCCCAUUGGCAAGCAGCGUCUGGUGCCCAGUCACAUCUUCUACACCCCCUGCAGUGGUAUCUGGCAGAGCGUCUGGAUCGAGUCUGCCCCCGCCAACUACAUCACGCAGCUGGACCUGAGCGGCGACAUGUACGGACAAGUCAAUGUGACCGUCCACAGCGCCUCCGAGCACAGCACGGCAGUGCAGAUCGCCAUCCUCGAGGACGACUCGGUGAUCGCGUGCGCUGACGGCACCUCGAACCAGCCCUUCCAGUUCCACGUCCCAGACCCCAACCUGUGGUCGCCCGAGUCGCCCGACCUCUACAACGUGACGGUAACCCUGGGUGAGGACAUGGUCUCCAGCUACCUGGGAUUCCGCACCAUCUCGCGGGGCGAAGUCAACGGCAUCCAGCGGCCGCUGCUGAACGGGGAAUUCACUUUUCUGUUCGGCACCCUGGACCAGGGCUACUGGCCGGAUGGUCUGUACUCGCCCCCGACCCGGGAAGCCAUGGAGUACGAUCUGCGCGUUCUGAAAGAUCUGGGCUUCAACAUGGUCCGGAAGCACAUCAAAGUCGAGCCCGCGCUAUAUUACCGCGCCUGCGACGAGCUGGGGCUGCUGGUCAUCCAAGACAUGCCCUCCCUCCGCCUGGUGGAGAACAUCCAAGAGUCUCAGCAGCAGGAGUUCGUCCGUCAGUUGGAUCUGAUGGUAAACCAAUUGAAAAACUACCCUAGUAUUCUGGGCUGGAUCAUCUACAAUGAGGGCUGGGGCCAGAUCACCUCGUAUUACCCCGAGUUUGCCCUCACGGAGCGCGUCCGGCAGCUUGAUCCGACGAGGCUGGUCGAUUCGACCUCGGGGUGGCAUGAUCAUGGGGCGGGGGAUUUUCACGAUAACCACCACUACGCCAACCCCCAAUGCGGCACUCCCUUCUACUCCACCCCAUCCACCCCCUACGAUCCCUCCCGGAUUGCAAUCCAGGGUGAAUUCGGGGGCGUGGGACAUAACCUCUCCAUCGAGCACCUCUGGAACAACCAAGCGGCCAUCAAUACGAUCAACCAGACCUACGAGAUGGACGCCGACCUCGACGCCUGGAACGCCCGGGGCCACAUGCUGCUGACCGAGCUGCAGGAUCAGGUGCGGCAGUAUGCGUGCAGCGGGGCCGUGUGGACGCAGACGACCGACGUCGAGGGGGAGGUGAAUGGGCUGAUGAGUUAUGAUCGGCGGGUGAAGCGCGUGGAUGUCCAGCAGUGGCGGGAUGAUAUUCAGGGGUUGUUUGAGGCUGCUGCGGAGAGGGUUGGAUGA